GAACUACAUGUACCAGAAAAGAUUCAGGCAAAUCCACCCUUCCAAACUGUCUUCCUCUCUCUCUCUCUCUCUCUCUCAGUCCCUUCAACCGUACCAAAACCUCCGGAACAAUCAGAACUCUAGCUUUUAUGGAGGUUCUUGGUUUAUCUCUUCUGCCAUAGUUGAAAACAAAGGCAACCCAGAAUUUGAAAACAAGAAAAGACAAAAACUUUGUGAACUUUGGAAACAAUUAGUCACACCCAGAGGGGGCAGAGAGAGAGAGACUUGGUUUUUGUUGUUGUUUCUGUUGGACACUUUUGGGUUGUGAACAUAACAGUUUUUUGUUUUGUAGUCUUUGAAAGCUAAGAGUUUGAAGGGCGAUUUGUUUUGUUCUUCAAGUUUAUGACCAAUGUCUCGGUGCAUACCCUUUCCUCCACCAGGGUAUGUGUGGAACGGUGAGGGUGGCGAGGCUCUUAUAGAACUGAUUAAGCUCAAUAGAGAAAGGGUAGAGGCUGAGAAGGAAAGGAAGAAGGAGAAGAGGAGGAGGAAGAAGGAGAAGAGAAGGAGGAAGAAAGAGGAGAAGAGAAGAAGGGAAGAUGGUGAGGUUGGGCAGGAAAUGCAGAAUCAGCAAAAUAGGAACAAAGAUGGCAGUAAAAAGAGAAGUUGGAAAAAAGGUGACAAUGAAAAGGGAAGGAAAUAUGAAGCACAAGGGUUGGAGACCAGCAGUCUUACUGAAGAGCUUGAGCAGCCCACUAUUUCUGACUGCAUCUAUGAUUCCUCUGACAAUAGCAAUAACAUUAAGAGGAAAAGGGUCAAAUGUUCUCCCAAUGCCAGCCAUAACCAUGAAAGUCAUUUUAACUUUCAACUGCAAAAACACAAGGAUCAAGCUGCACUGUCCAGCAAACCAGCUUGUUCUACUCCCACAUGUACGGAUACACUUGUCCAACAGGAGUUUGAAAUGGAUCCUAGACCCAGAAAAGAUAAAUUUUGUUCUACAUUUGGUUUACCCACAACUGCCCAGGAAAUGGCUUCUGGAACUACCAGAGAGAUGUGCCUUUCCCCUUUUCCAACUGAGGUUGUCUCUGAUGAGAAGGCUGAAACAGCUCCAGCAUUGAGCUUGUCUGAAAGUUGCUCACUGCAGAUGGAAUCACAAUAUAGAGUGUUAAUUGUGAAUUGGGUUCCCCCUCCUUUACAGAAUGAGCACCCUAAGUUUGAUGAUCAAGAGUGGCUCUUUCAGAGAAGGCAGCCCAGAAGCGACACGAUUCAAAAAACUAACACUUGCAGUUAUGACUUCUGUCAUGGAAGUUGCAUCCUAUACCCUUAUGCUCACUAUUUGCCUGAGGUUGACAUAUAUGCUUUGCCAUAUACAGUACUAUUUUGAAAAUGUAAAUGGAAGCAUUAUAUCGGACUAUGAGUUAUAUGAAAAUUUUGUCAUCUGUGGUCGGGUUUGAAAUCUCUCUAUCAGUCUUUCCGGUGAUCAAACUGAGAACAGGCUUACCUGCAUCUGUGUUCUCUAAUGUGAUUUUUCAUAGUUGCAUUUGUUUCAAGGCGACUACAUAGUGCUCAAAUUAACCUCCGGGUGUUGCUAGCUUAAUUUGGGAUGAAGUUGGGAUGUUGAUUUAUGGUUACACUUGCAACAUUGAUGAGGACAGUAUUCUAAUGGCAGAAUUAUGGCCAUUUGAGCUGGUUGAUUAUUGCCUUGCAACAGGAGUACAAGUAACAUGAUUGUGGAACGGGAAACAGAUGCUGAAGCAGACUUUGAUUUCAUGGACAUGGUAUGGUAGAGCUCCCCAUCACACUGUCAAGGAUACAAAUUCUUUUGUAGACUGGCUAACUUGAGCCAUUGUUUAUGUGACCUCAGGUAAUUCACCAAGAACCUCCACAGAGACAGCUACCCUGUUGGUCAGCUAAUUUUGCAGGAGUAACCUUUAUUAAAUCUUAUUCCAUUCUUGUACUUGAAUUCAUAAAACCAGAAAAAAUACAAUGUGGUUCAUUGUCCUGUAAUCUCUUUAACUUUGGAUUUGAAUUUAUUAUUGCUGUUAUUUGUC